GAGAGCAGCAGGGGGCGGAGACGAAUUCCACUGUCCGCACUGUGUUUACUUCCGUCAAUACAUCCUGAGAAGAGAGUCUGAAGCGGAGACGAAUACAACAAAGGAGACACUUAAGGUGUUUGGAGUGGCAGCAACCCACGCUGCUCAAAGUCCACCUCACUAAAAUGCCUUUCUUGGGCAAGGACUGGAGGUCUCCAGGAUGGAGCUGGACCAAGACAGAGCAUGGCUGGAAGAGAGAUGUCUUCUAUGGGCACGAGCUGGAAGAUAACAACAGAGAGAUAGACUUGAAAGAGCUCUGCACCAACAACAAAGAAAAUCUGUUUGCUGGAGAUGUGUGUGAGCUCGCCACCACAAAGAGGAAAAAGGAUCACUACAACAACAACACCAAAUCUCAGUUUGUUUUCAGUGAUAAAUGGAUCUAUGUGCAGAAAGGUAGCACGAAAGAACGUCAUGGAUACUGCACACUUGGUGAAGCCCUCAACCGUCUAGACUUUUCCAGCGCCAUUCAAGACUUGAGAAGAUUCAACUAUGUCGCAAAACUUUUCCAGCUAAUAGCCAGGACUCAGCUGACCUCUCUGAGUGGAGCAGCCCAGAAAAACUAUUUCAAUAUGCUGGAGAAGAUUGUGCAAAAAGUUCUGGAGGACCAGUACAAUCCACGCCUGGUCAAGGACCUACUGCAUGACCUGAGCUCGACACUGUACAGUCUGACUAUCCACAUCCGCACGUGUGUCCUGGUGGGAAACAUCAACAUCUGGCUGUACCGACUGGAAACCAUUCUCAAAUGGCAGCAGCAGCUCAACAAUCUGCAGAUCCCCAGGCAAAUGUGCAAUAGUGGCAUGUCAUUCGACGACUUACCGCUGCACAUGCAGAACAAGAUCCUCUACAAAUUAUCUGAUGCCUAUGACAUCAUUAACCUGGGGCAGGUCACGCCUAAUCUGCACCUCCUCAGUGAGAACAGGAUACUGUGGAAGAAACUCUGCCACUUUCACUUCGCAGACAAAGAGUUCUGUAGGAAUCUGGUCCUAACCAAAAGUGAUAAUGUGGAUUGGAAGCUUAUGUACUUUACACUAAAGAAACAUUAUCCGACGAAGGAGCAGUACGGCGACACCUUGCACUUCUGCAAACACUGUAGCAUCCUCUUCUGGAAGGAUCGUCACCUGGCUUUGUUGUUCAAGGACUGUGGCCAUCCAUGCACAGCCAACGACCCAGACAGCUGCCUCAUGCCCAUCUCUCCGCAGCACUUUAUCGACCUCUUCAAGUUCUAGACCCUCCGUGUCACUCCCAACCUGAAAGUGUGUACGAGACCUUGACAUUGUUUACCCAAAUACAAAGGGCUUCAACUUAAAGAGAUGACUUUUUUUUUAUGUCUUCAUCAUUUCCUUACGCACAAAUGUUUCUGUAAGACAUAGGAAAGAUUAAAUAUGUAUGUUUGUUGAUUUUAAGAAUGUUGGAGACGGUUGAAAUCUAAAAGGAAGUUUCAUGUUUUUCCUUGUUUUGCACAAAUACUCACGUUC